CGGCCAGAGAAGGUGUGUGAAGUUUCGAUCUCAGGCAGUGCAGUGUAGAAUGUACCAGUGCCUCCUGUGAGCUGCUCCUGCUCGCCUUUCGCUUCGGUCAUGGCGGCCGAGGUAGAACCAGGGGCUGCCGACAAGGAGAUGGCCCAGAGCCUGCACACCCUGCUCAAUGCGCUCAGCCGCUUCCACCAGCAGCUUAACGUUGGAGGUGAUGUUCUAAACAUUACUAUUGAUCUACGUAAGCUUCAGAGCCUGCCAGCACAUCUCAACCCAGGGCACCUUAGUAGCUUACUCCAGCAACAUAUCCUUGAUUUGCAGUGUGUUUCAGAUAAAUUGAAAUUAUUGAUGAGAAAAGACGUUUCUGGAAUUGGAAGCACAGGAGAGACUAUGCUGCCUACAAAACCUAAUAAUUAUUCCAAUUCAGCAGUGACUGGCCAUAAGCAAAUUUCAAGUAAACCGAUUAAUCUAAAAUCAAAAGUAUUCCUAAAUGACGCUCAAAACAAGUCUGAAGGACAAGAUGGACCAAAUAGCCAAACUGAUACAGAAUUGGUUCAAAUCAAGGCAAACAGAGAUGAAAUUGAAAGAAGAAUUUCAGCAUUCAUGGAGAGAAAGCAGGCAGAGAUCAAUGAAAAUAACAUCCGCGAAUUCUGCAAUGUUAUUAAUUGUAAUCAAGAAAACAGCUGUGCUAGAACAGAUGCAGUCUUCACGCCGCACCCUGGUUUCAAAAGUCAUAUAAAAGUUUCAAGAGUUGUGAAUACAUAUGGGCCUCAGACAAGGACUGAAGGUGUGGAAGCAUCUCUGCAAAAACGUGAAACUGUGACACAAAAUUGUGGUAACCCUGCUGUUGAAGAAAGGCUUCAGAAUAUGGAGACCCACUUGAAGCUUCCAACAGGUUCAGUAUCCAUUGUUCAUACGUCUGAAAACCAAAAAGCCAUAAAACCCAAAGAUCUUUUCGUAAGUAGAUCUAAAUGAACCUGUACAAGUGUUGAGUUUGUGUCCCUUGGAAAAAUUUUUGCUUGGCCUGCACAAACCCUAAUGAACUAUAAAGCAAAACUUUUAUCCAAAGGGGCCAAACUCAGGAUCUGUAGACACAGAGUUCAGCCCUUUGGUAAAAGAAACUUCACUUUUGGGUUCAUUCAGGUCUGUUCAGAUUAAGUGAAGGGCCCAAACAGAUUAAAUGGACUAUCUGAAAACCAGUUCAGAUAAAGGAUUCCUGAUCAAGGUAUUGAUAUGGUGAGGGAUUCUACCAUCUGUGAAGAAAAUCUGCAUAAGCUCUAACUAUACUGGACCAUUUAUCUUUUUAUUGGUAUUUGACUCUUCAUAUACACUUGCAUAUGCAUUGAAACACAUUUUUAAAUAGUGAAUUAUGAUUGCUUUUCCAUUUGCAUAUUAAAUAUUUAUCUACUUUUCUGUAAUUGUCAGCCUCUUAAAGGUAUUCAGCAUCUUAUUAUGAACUUCUUUUUGUCACUUUGGGAGCCAAAGUGUUAAUGCAAAUCACAGACGAACAAGCAGGGAACAAACUGUUCAAAUUAGUUAGCUGGUUAAAAGAGAUCACUAAAUACUUAUGGAAGACUCAGUUGAAAUGAACAUA